CUCGGAUGCGCCAGAGUAUGGUGGUGGUGUUUCUGAUUCGCUUGAUGAGAAUGAUGUAUCGAGCGGAGAGAGGAGUUGCAUUUGACGAUUUGCGCGCGGUGAGGCUGGAAGACCCAUUGGGCUAAGUGGUGGGAUAGAAGACAUAGUGUGGUGGAUGAUGGAUGAAAGCGUAAGCCGGUGUUCUCUUGCGUGAUUUCGAGCGAUGUUUGUACUGAUAAUGUGUUGGUUCCGCUAAUUUGUUUGGCCGGGCGCAAGAAGUAGAUUGAGGGACUGAUGGGAGAACAAUGUUUGUAUAAUCAAAGGGGGGGCUCCAGGCAAAGAAGAGGCGUUGUUGUUUAUGCCGAUCUGCAACCACCUGCGGUGACCGAAAUUAUAUGUUACGCAGGGGAGCAAGGCCCAACGCCGUAUUAUUGUCCAGGGGGGCGCGGGGCUUGUACAUCCGCCAUCAGCAGCAAUGCUCCACAUUCGUCACUGCCCAUUUGCAGCACAUCAUUUGGAAAAGGUGAGUUUCGUUUCAGAGGUGGAAAUAUGGGCAUUGUGUUGGUAUCGCGCUUCCCGCCCAAUGACAAAGACCACCUCGCCGUCAACAGCAACAGUUCAUCAAACCCCCAUGUGUAUGCGCAGCUCUGCGUGUGUUUGAAACUGUGCCGUCCUCAUGCGGCAAGGCCAGGCUGCCGAUCCGGAGUCAGAAGUGGGCCUGAGCUGAACCGAGUCAGCAAACGUUCCCGAGAAACGAGGCAACCAGGUCUCUCGUUGGGUCUGCUCGUUUGUUUUCCGUUGCUGCACCCCUUGAAACACCAGCACCGUCGCACUUUUGUUGGAAACAAAGCUUUUCUACUCAGUCCGACUACCCCACAGACGCAACUUGUAGAUGAACACAGCCAUGCCGCUGUCUGUUGUGAACAGUUGGCCCUUACCAAGUGUUCAUGUGAAGGGUCACAGGGGUUCGCUACGUCGCAUGCAUCGCCGCAACCCUCACCGGUUGAGAUGACUUGCGAUAACGUACCAUGACCUUAAGCAAGGGAAAGAUAUUGCGGAAAGAGUCACAAUGGCGACUUAGGACGACUGCGCCGCAGGUUAAAUUGACCUUGAUCAGCGUUGCAAGGUUAUAGCAUGGCGAAAGACCCCGCCGCACGCC